CUAGUACACGUGUACACUCCGUUGUGCCGGUUCAGUUGAUGCUCUCCAAGUCGCUUCUGGCGAUGGAUGCUCCCGUAACUACAGGGCGUCGCUGUAACUUCAUCUUGUACUGGGCCCUGUGUGUCACGAUAGUUUCAUCUUGCGUCCAUGCGCAUAGCCAUGCGCAUUCACACAGCAAGCUGCCGAAGGCGGUUCAGUUUCGAGAAAAAUGGGACGCUACCGAACUAAUCCGGGACGCAGACCACAUCAAGGAGGAUUUGGCUAAUCUUGUGGACAUCAGGGAUGCUGGAGAGAUGACAGAAGAACAGGUCACCUUUUAUUUUUUUCGAAUGCAUGAUUUCGACGACAAUAGUAUGCUGGAUGGCAUUGAGCUCACGUCUGCUAUGCAGCAUUCGAUGGAGCACUUCCUCGAUUCAUCUCAGCUGGGGCCGCAAAGCUUUGACAACCUGAUUAUGAUUGUCGACGGGCUCUUGACAUUCGACACAAACAACGAUGGCUUUCUCUCCUAUCCGGAGAUGAGAGCAGGCAGCAAGUAGAAUCUCACGAAAAAGUACUGUGAGUGUACCGCCAGUACAGACAAAGUGAUACUC